AUGGCUUCCUUUAACCUCGAAACCCUCGUCCGCCCAAACAUUCUGGCUCUUGAGCCCUACAGAUGUGCUAGAGAUGACUACCAACUCGGCAUUCUUCUUGAUGCUAAUGAAAACACUCACGGUCCUUCCCUCGCCACUUUGGCUGCAGAGGAAGCUGCCCAGGAUCUCAACCGAUACCCAGACCCCCACCAGCCUCACGUUAAGCAACUGCUGUGCGACCUGCGCAACGCUGAUGGCACUCCCCUUGCCCCGCAACCCCUCGACAGCGACUCUCCACUCGCCCCACUUACUCCAGCCAACAUCUGUCUUGGUGUUGGCUCUGAUGAAUCAAUCGACGCUCUGAUCCGUGUAUUUUGCAAGCCUGGUGUUGAUAAGCUGCUGACAUGCCCACCAACCUAUGGCAUGUACGCUGUGUCUGCUCAAGUCAACGACGUGGAGGUUGUCAAGAUCAACAUGCACUUUGACAAGGGCAAUUUCCAAAUUAACACUGACGCAGUUGCAACUGCUCUUGCCCAAGACCCCUCAAUCAAACUCGUAUACAUCACUUCCCCAGGAAACCCCACAGCAACUCUGAUUGAGCCUGCCCGGAUCGAGCGCUUGCUUAACCACCCCACAUGGAACGGCAUUGUCAUUGUGGACGAGGCCUACAUUGACUUUGCGCCGGCUGGAUCGUCGUUUGCUCCACUUGUGACCAAAUACCCCAAUCUUGCUGUUCUUCAGACCCUGUCCAAAUCCUUUGGUUUGGCCGGUGUGCGUCUCGGGUGCACUUUUGCAGAUGCCCCCGUUGCACAGAUUCUCAACAACUUAAAGGCUCCCUACAAUAUUUCCACACCCACGUCGCAGCUUGCUGAGCGUGCUCUGAGUCCUGAAGGCAUUGCUGUGAUGCACAAGAAUGUCAAGCUAAUUAUUGAAGAACGUACACGCGUCACUGAAGAGCUUAAGAAACUGCCACGCAUUGGCGAGUUUCUCUCGGCCCCAGAUGCCAAUUUCGUGCUGGUUGAGUUUCUCGAUAAGCAGGGAAAGCCCUCUUCCGAGGUUGCUCUUAAGAUCUACACUUAUCUUGCAGAAAAUAAGCAAAUCGUGGUGCGGUUCCGUGGUAAGGAGCCUGGUUGCGAGGGCGCGCUGCGAAUUUCUAUUGGUACAAACGAAGAAAACACAGUGCUACUUGAAGAGAUUAAGAAAUCUUUUGAGCUUUAUUAA